AUCUCUCUCUAAAUUUACAUAUUUUUGUUCUUCAUUGAAUCCUGCCGUUUCUUUCUGUGAACUUCAGUUUAACGAGGAAGGAGAUGUUAGUUAACUAGGAUUCAGCCCUAAACCCAAGAAUCUGUAACUUCGGCAAUAAUGGUUGAUUCACGAAACACAAGAGAGAUGGAGAAGGCCAUGAAGAAAAAGAAACGGAAGCUUUCAAGCUCUCUAGAAGAAGUAGAGCAGCAAAGACCAGCAAAACCCGCUCGCGAGGAAGAGAAGGUAGAACAACACAUAGAAGCAGCUGAAAAGCUUGAAGAUUCUCCUCCCUGGAGAAACCUGUCUUUGAUUUUGGUGCUACAGAACAAAACUACCAGUGUUCAUAAGAAGGUCGAGCUAGCCUUUGAGUAUGUCAAAUUGAGAGUUACUGAAGGAGAUAAUAGUAGAGAAGAUCUAGAGACAGUUAGUAUCUCAAGAGUUGUAACUUUUCUCAAUGACUGGGUUCAGACCUUGCUGAUAUCUUCAGAAAAAAGAAUUAGAACUGAACAGUACAAGCCUCAUUCAGAGAUUAUGGGCUCGUGUUUGGACAAUAGAUGCUGGGAGAUUUUCAAAUUUUGUUUAGAAAAGCCUCUGGCACUUCAUGUUCCAUUAAACAUUUCCCGAGACUUUCUUCGAGUUGUUCAUUGUGUAAUGAAACAUGUAAUCUCCUCACUGUUUGAUGAGACAGACAUGGAGGCCACAAUAUUCAGUCUGUAUGGUACUGUUCUUGAUUGUUUACAGUUGGUAUUCUCAUCUCAUGGUGGUGUUUCAAAUGAAAAUUUAGACUUAUGGAUUUUGGUAACUGAAACAGUGCUGGAACUUGUCCUAAAGGCACUUGACCACAAUAAAGAUGGUAACAAGGUGGCUUUAUUUGCCCUUCGGUUAUCAUUUUGUGCACUUGAACCAUUCAGCAAGUUCUUGAAGAUUCACCCAGUUCGGAAAAAUAGUUACAACGAGUUUUUGGAUAAGCUCCUUGAUCCUCUAUUGCAUUUGUUGAAUGUGUUAUCUUGUUAUGUUCAUGAACAUGACUCUGGCUUGUUGGAUGGUAUAUUAAAAGUUGUUAAAGAUAUAUUGUCCGAUGGGCUGUUUCACUCAGUUCAUAUUGAUGGCUUUAUGAACUUGCAAGCUGGAAAACAUACGAUUUCUGGCGACGAACUUGUAAAAGAUGCCAAAGUUAUUAUUAAAAGUUAUCAUAGGCAUCUCUUUGACAAGUUAGAAAUGUUUUUGUUGCAGAAACGUUGUUUAGCAUUAGGUGGUGUAGGGGAAUUGUUUCUUUUAUUUAUCAACUGUGCUAAAAAUAUGCAAAGCACUUCAGCUGCUGGAGGAUUGUUACAAUUGAAGGAAGAUUCUCCUAGAGACAUGUCUAAAAUACAUGAUUUGACUGCAGAAACCCGCAAAUCAGUAUUCAACUUUUUUGCACAGAUUUUGGAACCUUAUUUGCUUGAGUUUAACAGUUAUCUUAAAGAUGAAGUGGAAGCAGGGUAUAACUUGAUGGAGAUUCAGGCUACACUCAGAACUACCAGUAAAGUGCUUCAUACAAUCGUGCAAGAAAAUGUAUAUAUACGGGUAGAGGAGGAUUCUGAUGGAGCUUCACUGAAUUUUCUAAAGGUUAUUUAUGAUAUAGUACUUUCCUUGUCGGGUAGAGUGAAUAAUAUCCCUCCGUUAGCUCUCUGUUCAAGUCGAACCACUGAAGUGGAAAUGCUACUUUUGACAGCCAAAGAGAUCAUUAUCAUUUUGCAGUAUUUAGUCAAAAUUGACUAUGAGGUUAUCAGGGAUAAUUUGGAAAACUUAUGGAUGAUAAUAUUCUCAUUUGCUGCUCUUGCUCUCUCAUCAUCACAAACACCAGAGGAACACUCAUUAACUCCCCAGAUCAUUCAUCUUGGAUGCCAGCUAGUUAAUCUUUAUAGUGAUCUUCGACAGGUCAACAAUGCUAUUUUAACUAUGUGUAAAGCUGCAAGGACAAUGAUUUUGCCAAAUAAUUUUGGAGAAAGGACUGAGUCAGACGAGUUUGUAAUAAAAUCACCUGCAUUAGAUUGCGAAGUAUAUGGAAAGUCAAUUAGGAUUUUGUUAAAUUCGAGUGAGUUUAGGCUUGCUAUACACAAAGCUAUAGUCUCAACACCUGAAGGUCAAGCCAGCAGCUGCAUCCGUCUUCUGGAAACAGAUAUUUUGGAAUCUCUGCAAUGGUUAAAACUUGGGGCUGCCAAGCUAGAUGUGCAAGCAGAACUUCUAGGAACUGUCAUAAGUGAUUUGUAUGUGCUGGUUUUCGAUUCCCUUACUGUGACAAGUGGUAACAGUAAGAUGAUUGGACUUUCUGUCAACAAUGUUAUAAAUUUAUUGCGCCCUUUUAUUACCGGGCUUGUACAAGUAAAUUCAGGCAGCUGUAAAGAACUCCUCCACUUAGUUGUUGGUGAAGAUUGGAGCAAUCCAGACAAUCAAAGUAAUUUGUCAUUUUGUUAUUGGCUUGUUCUAUUAUUCUUUCGAUUAUACAUGUCUUGUAGAUGCUUAUACAGACAGGUGAUCAGCUUUGCUCCUCCAAAAACAUCAAUAAAGAUGUCAGACGAGAUGGGUGAUUUAGUUACUGCUUACUCUGGGAAAGACCUAUUGGAAAGAGCUGAUUGGACUUGUGGAGGAUAUUUUUCUUGGGCUGGCCUACCUUCAACUUCUCUUUUGAGAAUUAUACAAUCAGUUUCAUCCACUUAUAUUAGUAACACAGCUAAUGAAGAAGCUCCUCUGAUUUAUGUAAUGAACAUGGCUGCUAUUCAGAGGCUUGUGGAGUUGAAUAGGUUGAUUAAGUCUUCUGAGUACGUUUCACACUGGAUUAAAUCUUCCCGUCGAAACAAGGUUAAGGAUGAAAGCACUUGUCAUGUUAAGUGUAAAGGAAGCAAAAAAUUGAAGAAGCAUGCCCUAGGUUUCAAGCAGGAAGCAGAAGAUCUAACCAACUUUAUAAUGGGACACCUAUCUUUACUAGUUAAAGACCUAGACUCCAUAUCAUCAUCUAUUGCUGCUACUUCUAAUACCAGAAAUGCUCAACCGCUGCACCAAUAUGAUGAGAUGAAUUCUGGUAUUGGUGUUUUAAGUAAGAAGUCAUUGCCUUAUGCACUUCGGAAGCUUUUUUCCCAAAGUAUUGAUAUUUGGUGUGGCCAUGCUUCAAAGAAGCAUUUAAAGAAGUUCCUUUCACUUUUAAUUGAUCAUUCUAUUUCCUAUUUGAGAAGAGUGCCAGACGACUUUGGAAGGAAUAGCUCUGAUGAACCUGGUCAUCACAGGAAAGUUCUAGGUUAUCUUGACUCACUGGGUUUCCUCAAUGAUACUAUUUUUUAUGAGCAAAGAUUUGUUUGCAGGCACAUGGCAUCGAGGUUUUCUUCGUUAUUGGAGAACUCUGCCAGGGAAAUAUUUAGUAGCUCUGGAGAUGUUGAUUUGAUGUUGCCACUUGAUAGUUCUGAGUUUAUGAGCAUAGUUGGAGAGCCGCUCAGUGUUUGUGGUGGUGAAUGUUCUAAUUCAAUAAAUAUUAUAAGAGAGAGUGAAGAAAGAACUUCGUCUCUUAAAAUGGAGUUUACAGUUUGUGAAAGCUUACUUAAUUUCUUGUAUUGGAAGCCCAAAGACUAUUUGGAUUCUAAAUCAUUGUCACUUUACACAACAUGUAUCUUCAACCUUGAAAGGAUCAUAGUCAGGAAGUUAUUACGUAGUGGAGGUGUUUUGUGCUUGCAAAAUCAGUAUGAGCUAUUAAGCUUGCUACUUUCCUGCCGUCGAGCUAAUAAGAGUUUUCUAGUGACAUGUUCUGAGGAGAGUGUUGAGUCUGGUUCGUCCAACAUUACUACAAUUUUCUACCAGAGCUCAUUUCCUGCUUUGUGGCUUUCAAAAUCUUUGUCUACCUUGAUUAAGUCCCUACAUUCAUUAUCUGACAAUGGAGCUAUCGAGAUGAAAGAAGUCAUAUUUUCUUUGAUGGAUCAUACAUCAUAUACAUUUCUAGCGUUAAGCAAAUAUCAUAUUUUAAGUGCAAACAAACAUAUGAAUGGGGAGUCUUCUGAAGGAGAAGGUAAUAUGGAUGAUUCUGCUGCCUGGAGAGUUAUUGGCCAAGUGGCUGAGAGUUUGACUGAACAGUUGAAGGACUCACUUCUCUGUUUAAGUAGCAGACUCCAAAUUGAAAAUUUGGGAUCUUCUGCCAGCACUCGAGAGUUCAUUAAUUUCAGUUCUACUAUUUCUUGCUGUUAUGGUUUCCUAUGGAGUUUCUCAUCUGGCCUGGACCGUGUAGAUUUUAGUCGAUCCAAGAGUGAGGAUAUAGGAAAAAUCAAAUGUUGCAUAAAUGUUUUGUCAGGUGCCUUAGAUUAUGUCUUACAUGUUUUAUUCAUUGAGGACAAUCAGAUGCCUAGUUGUGUAGAUGAUAUUGACGGUAUGGGAAAUUGCUCUGAUAAGUCUCUUGGGAAAAAUAGAUCCUCGACAGAUAUACCUGAUAGUAUGAACACAAUUCUUACUAAGUGCUAUCCAUAUAAUCUAUGCAGUUUAAAGAACUCUUUCUUGAAGGUCUUUCUCAAGGGAGAAAACUUGGAGGCUGCAUUUUUGCUUAGACAGAUAUUUAUUGUUUCUGCAGCACUGCUGAGGCUAAAUUUAAAUAUCAAAACAGAUUUACCAUCCAGCUCAGUGUCAAUUCUUAUUGAAUUCUCUCUAGUUUUGUUCCAAGAGUUUGUGAAUGAAGUUGAAAUUCCUCAUCCACUUUCUUUUGUUUGGUUGGAUGGCGUGGUUAUGUUCCUAGAAGAACUAGGGAAUCAUUUUCCUCGUACCGAUUCAAUUAUGUCAAGAGAUUUGUAUGCCAAGCUCAUAGACUUGCACUUGAAAGGUAUAGGAAGGUGCAUUGCUUUACAGGGAAAAAGAGCUACUUUAGCAGUUCAUGAGAUGGAGUCUAGCACUAAGACAAUAAGUGGGCAUUCGAGAUUAUGUGAACCUUACCUUUCACAUGGGUCGUAUCAUCUCGAUGAAUUCAAGUGCAGGUUGAGGAUGUCAUUCAAAGCAUUUAUGAAAAAAUCACCUGAAUUGCACACAUUAUCUGCAAUUCAGGCGUUGGAGAGAGCACUUGUUGGAGCCCACCAAAGUACCAUCUACUACGAGGUAUGUACUGGUUGUACAAAUGGAGGUAUAGUCUCUCCCGUAGUUGCUGCUGCAAUUGAGUGCUUGGAUUUAGUCCUUGAAUUUGUUGAAGGGCGGAAGCGUUUGAGUAUUAUUAAAAGACACAUUCAGAGCUUUGUUUCUUGCUUGUCCAACAUUAUCUUGCACUUGCAAUGCCCUCAAAUGUUCUAUGGAAAAGUUACAUCCAUUCAGGGCCGCCCAGUUCAUCCUGAUUCAGGAGCAGCUAUUCUUAUGUGCAUAGAAGUUAUGACCAGGAUUCUCGGGAGGCAUUCCUUGUACCAAUUGGACCCCUUUCAUGUUGUGUUUUCCUUGCGUAUACCUGGAGCAGUAUUUAAACACUUCUUACAGACUAAAGACGACAACUGCAAGGAAAUGCAUGUUGUAGACAGACGAUUCUCCAUAGAUCUGUUUGCUGCUUGUUGUCGAUUACUAUGUACAGUUCUUAAACAUCGUACAAGUGACAUUGUGCACAAUGUAGCUUUACUAGUUGAUUCUGUUUCCGUUCUCCUGCAUUGCUUGGAGAUACCUGAUGGGAAAGGAUGCUUUGCGUGGGAACUUCAAGAAGGGGUGAAAUGUGCUUGUUUUCUCCGAAGAAUAUAUGAAGAGGUACGACAGCAGAAAGAUGCGUUUGGUCAACAAUGUUCUUUGUUCCUAUCAAUGUACAUCAGGACCUAUUCAGGAUAUGGUCCCCUUAAAAUGGGCAUAAAAAGGGAAAUAGACGAAGAAAUGAGACCAGGUAUAUAUGCUUUAAUAGAUGCUUGUUCAGCAGAUGAUCUUCAGUAUCUACACACCAUUUUUGGAGAGGGACCUUGCAGAAACACUUUGGCUGCUUUGCAACACGAUUAUAAAACCAACUUCCAAUACGAAGGAAAAGUCUGAGAAAACGAUCUUCCUGGUUAGUUUUU